AUGGCGCGUCAGGCGUCCGUCGCGCUCGCGUGGCCGUACCCGGUAGCCCACAGUCCACAGGCACGUACGUACGAGAGUAGCAGCACGCCUCAGCAGCUGACGAGGCCGCCCAGUGGCCAGUGGGCACUGCCCAUUGGGGAUCGAUCAAAGCCGGAAAGCAGGAGGGAGAGAGAAGCAUGCCACGGCGCGAACGGGGAAUCAUGGCUCCUCCCCUCCAAAGGUCGGAAUCUUUUCUACCCCAAACCCCAAAGCAGCAGCAGAAACCCAUUGCAGAGAGGUGAGGCUCGCGCGCGCGCGCAGGCAAAAGGCGAGGUACGUACGCCGGAAAGGGGGAGCACGACCGGCCUGAGACUCCUGCGAGCCUCCCGCCGUAUCAUUGCCCUCUACCUCUACGCCGCUAGCUGCCCAGGACCAUCCUACUACGUACUCUACCACCUCCUCCUCCUCCUCCGCGCGUGCUCCCGGGCCGACCUCCCGCCGCUUUGCCUUUUUCUACCACAGCGAGCUUCCCACUCCUGGCGUCUCGCCCCCUCUUUUAUACAGACCCGGCCGGCCCUGCUUCUUCCACGACUUCUCCCUGCCGUCGUUCUUGCAGACGCUGCUGGACGCCACACUGUUCCCGGCGCUCCCUGCUCGCUGCUGGACAAGCCGAGCUCUGGCACGCCUGCGCCGGCCCGCUGGUGUGCCUGCCGCAGCGGGGCAGCCUCGUCUACUACUUCCCCCAGGGACACAGCGAGCAGGUCCUGCAUCCCGACCACCAGGAAGAUACCCAACUCGCGCAUCCCUAACUACCCGAACCUGCCGUCCCAGCUGCUGUGCCAAGUCCACAACAUCACCAUGCAUGCUGACAAGGACACCGAUGAGGUCUACGCGCAGAUGACUCUUCAGCCAGUGAAUUCUGAAAGCGACGUGUUCCCGAUUCCGUCUCUCGGUAGCUACACCAAAAGCAAGCAUCCUGCGGAAUACUUCUGCAAGAACUUGACCGCAAGUGAUACGAGUACGCACGGCGGUUUCUCGGUGCCUCGAAGAGCUGCAGAGAAGCUGUUCCCACAGCUGGAUUACUCGAUGCAGCCUCCAAACCAGGAGCUUGUCGUCCGGGAUUUGCACGACAACAUGUGGACAUUCCGUCACAUUUAUCGUGGGCAGCCGAAGCGACAUCUUCUAACAACUGGAUGGAGUCUCUUUGUUGGCGCCAAACGGCUUAAAGCAGGGGAUUCUGUCUUAUUUAUCAGGGAUGAGAAGUCACAACUACUUGUGGGUGUUAGGCGGGCGACUCGUCAGCAAACGGCACUGUCAUCGUCAGUUCUGUCUACUGAUAGUAUGCACAUAGGUGUUCUUGCAGCUGCAGCUCAUGCAGCAUCUAGCGGUGGCUCAUUUACUAUCUACUACAAUCCUAGGACGAGCCCGUCGCCGUUUGUAGUUCCUGUAGCAAGGUACAAUAAGGCCAAUUAUAUCCAACAAUCUGUUGGCAUGAGAAUGGCUAUGAUGUUUGAGACAGAGGAGUCAAGCAAGCGCAGAUACACUGGUACAAUUGUGGGAGUUAGCGACUCUGAUCCCAUGAGGUGGCCCAACUCCAAAUGGCGCAACUUGCAGAUUGAAUGGGAUGAACAUGGAUAUGGAGAAAGGCCUGACCGUGUGAGUAUAUGGGAUAUUGAAACUCCAGAAAACACUCUAGUGUUCCCUUCUGCAGCACUUAAUUCAAAGCGACAAUGCCUGCCUGGCUAUGCAGUACCUGGGAUGGAACUUGGAGCUGCAAAUAUGUCAUCAUUUCAGAAGGCACCAGGAAUUCCAUACGGUAACUUGCAGCACAUGCCAGCCGUUGGAUCAGAAUUGGCUAUGAUGAUGCUUCUCAAUCAAUCUGGCCAAAACCUUGGGACUCCAGUUAGCUACCACCAAUCCUCUUAUUCUAGUAUUAUUCAAAAUGUGAAGCAAAGCUACAUGCCUCCUUCGACAUUUGGUAAUUCCACUGGUUCAACAAAGCAUGAAAGCAUGCCUUCAAACGAAGCCCAGCAGCAGUUGAAUACUCCUAAGAUGCAGAGAGGUGAUCUGGAAAGCUGUGCAGUUCUGUCUGUCACUGAUCCAAUAUCUUCUUCAGAGUUAAAUGUCGCAGCAAGAAAGACAAGAAACACAGAGACAUAUCCAAGUCAGAGCAUUUCAGAGCAGCAUGGCAAGGGUGAGCCUAGAGCCAAGACUCGUAAGAGCAAGAAAGGCUCCUCUCGCAAAGCCAUUUCAGAGAACUCUGAACUUUCUUCAGCACCUUCACGGGUUUGUGAUGACCAGCAGCAUGGUUUAGAAGGAAAUCUGCUUGAUGGCGACACUGCACAUGUUAAGCGUGGUAGUAAUGAAGAUUCAUCUGGUGCACUUACUCAUGGCAAUCUAUCUGUACAGAUGCAAGGUCAGCUGGUCGAAGAGAAUGGACUGCUAUCACCACCGAAGUUAGGAUCAUCAAUAUCACCUGACGGAGGGAAGUCAGUCAACUCAUUUCCUAACCAAGGUUGUUUUUCACAGUUCUUCGAUGGUCUGGAUUGGAUGAUUCAGCCUUCAUAUUACCAAGAAUCCAGUGGCAUUCAGUCAGUCAGUGCAUCAGAGAACAUUUUCAGCUCGUCUGCUGAUAUACCUUCCACAAUAAACACCGAUACAUUGGAGACUUUUCAGAACUCUUGCCUCUCGGACAGCUUUCCUAAUUCCAUACAGGACUUCAUCGGCAGCCCGGAUCUGAACUCACUUACAUUUUUGUCACCUGAUAUGCAAAAUUUUGAUGUCCACCAUGAUGGAAGCAACCUUCCAAGCACAUCCAACUCAUAUGUACAAAUGAGCUUUUCUGAAGAUAGUGGAACUCAGAUGGAGUCGAUCCAGAGAAGCAUGAAUAACACCUCAUGCUCUCAACCACAUCCUACCGAUGGCUUUGACUUGGGGAUGUACUCUAGGCUGCCAAGUCUAAAAGAAUCCCAAGUUUUGUCUCUGCCAGAAAUCCAUAACAGUUCCAGGGGGACAUCAGUUUGCAGCAUGGAUGCGACAACCGAGUACGGCAUCGAGCGAAGUGUAAAGCCUAUGAAAGCACCGGUGCGGACAUACACAAAGGUUCAGAAGCUAGGAUCUGUUGGAAGAUCUAUAGAUGUGACACGGUAUAGAGAUUACCGUGAGCUGAGAUCAGCCAUCGCAUCCAUGUUUGGACUCCAGGGGAAACUUGAGCAUCCUGCUAGUUCAGACUGGAAGCUUGUAUAUGUCGACUACGAAAACGAUGUCCUUCUCGUUGGCGACGAUCCAUGGGAAGAAUUCAUCAACUGCGUCAGAUGCAUCCGGAUCUUAUCGCCAUCAGAAGUGCAACAAAUGAGUGAGAAUGGCAUGCACGUCCUGACUGACUGCAUCCAAACAGACCAGUAGGAUCACCACUAUCCUUGAUGUGCCUGCAAAUCAAAAUAAAGCAGUGGUAGAUUAAGCUAGAGGUGUAUUUUGGAUAC